AUGCUGUUGUAUGGUUCUGAGCUCUGGGGCCAAAUUCUCUACGGGCCUGGUCGAUCCAAGAAGAUGGAAAUGAUUCAAUCACAGCAUUUGAAAUGGCUCUUGGGAUCAAGAGCCUUAGCCUGCUAUUGCGGACUUUCUCAAACGGCAACGGGAAAGAGGUCUGAUGACUGUCCUACAAAUGUGACGGACUUCGACCGAAUCAUAGGAGGAACUCCCGUUCCCAGUCAGAGGAAGUAUCCGUGGAUAGGAUGGAUGGGGACGGCAAGGAGCAAUUUCGCCUGCACGUCGGCCCUCAUCAACGAUCGCUACGUCCUUACUGCUGCUCAUUGCGUGUCAUCAAACCUAUAUGGAACAUUUUACGUGACUCUGGGAUCCUCGAACAUGUAUCAAUGGCCGGCAGGUAAAUCCAUCCAGAUUCCAGCACGAGCCAUCAUGCAUCCCAAUUAUAUUCCGAAUCCAACUCAGAACGAUGUCGCCCUUCUGAAACUUCAAACUCCUGUGAACUUCGCAGCUUUCCCAAACAUCCGUCCCAUUUGUCUCUCCUCUGGCAAUCCCAGUGGCAAUUGAGUGGUUACAAUUGCAGGAUGGGGCCGCAAUUCAGGAAGUAGCAGUGCCACCCCGACAGCUUUGAUGGAAGCAACGGUGAAAGUAAUGAGUCUGCAAACUUGUCAGAGCAUUUGGGGUUCUCGCGUAAACAACAAAUAUGUAUGUAUCCAGGCUUCUGGGAGAAACGUCUGCAAUGGUGAUUCUGGGGGAUCGCUGAUGUAUCGAACUUCCUCAGGAAUUUACCUGAGCGUUGGUAUUGCUUCGUACGUGAGGGACGCAUAUUGUUCACCUCAAUAUGGCGCUGUGUUCACCAGUACAUUUAGUUACGUGUACAGCUUCAUCUUUCCCAACACCGCGGAUGCCCAAUGGUGUGCCGUACCUUGAAUUCCUUCAUCAUUCCUUCAUUUUUGUUCUAUUUGUUGUUUGCUUCUGAUUUUCCUAUGCUUGAAAUAAACAUAUUGCGUUCGCAUGGUAUUUUUCCUGCAUUUUAUUCCUUGAUUUUGAAAUCUGAAGCUUGAAGAAAACAAGCGUUUGGGAGUGAUUACAAAAAUGGUCGUGGG